AUGAGCCACCGCCUUACAAACAACGAUGCAUAUCUUGGUGACGCUCUCAGUCAUAUACGUGAUGAAGACCUUGCAGCAGAUGUUGAGGCAUUCCAUCAACAAUGUCUUCCAAACGUCAACUGUGACCGCUUGAAGCGUGCUGCAAGAGUUGCAAAACAUCCAAAAACGUAUGAGGAUAUUAGUCGCGGUAACUGGCCAGGAAGCACCGAAGGCUUGGUCGAGCUGGAUGGUGAAGAAAAACAGGCACUGAUUGCCGAACAUGACUCGGCUAUGCCGGAGCGAGGCAUGCUGAUAGUCAUCCUAACCGUAUCGCUGGCCGCUUUCCUUCAAGGCCAUGUCCAGACAUCCAUUAACGGCGCUUCAUUGUACCGGGAUGCUAUCGGCCUUCCAGUCAACAUGUCCUCCGUCCUUAACGAUCCCACCACAAUUUCGAUCAAACAGGCCGUGUUAUAUCCAUCCCAGCCGAGCAAGGAUGACUGGUACUUGGGAAUAACGAAUGCUGCCCCGUUCUUUGCUGCUGCGGCUCUAGGCUGCUGGAUGGCUUUGCCAUUUAGCGAUCGUUUCGGCCGUAGGGGAUCAAUGGUCAUUGCUGCAGCUGUUGUAAUGGUGACCUCGGUACUUUUGGCCAUAGUCCCUGUCAUCAAAACAUCCACUCCGAAAUGGCAGAUCCUCCUCGGGAUAAGAAUCAUUAACGGCAUUGGCAUGGGUAUCAAGGCUGUCAAUACACCAGUGCUUGCUUCGGAGACCGCUGUGGGUUACUGGAGAGGCACAUCGAUUCUCGCCUGGCAACUUUGGGUUGCCUGUGGUAUUUUUGUUGGAUUUAUACUUAACCUCCUCUUUUCGAAAGCUACCGACGACAACUUCGCUCUUGCUUUGAUUCUUGGAGCACCCGUCGUUCCGUCAAUAGUACUACUCCUCGCACUCGCUGUCUGCCCUGAGAGUCCUCGAUACUACUUAAGGCGCGGCCCAAAAUACAGUCCUGAGAAAGCCUAUGCCAUUAUCAAAACUCUGAGGAGAUGUGAGUUGAUAGCUAUGCGAGAUAUCUACCUCCUUCACAAAGCCAUUCAACAAGAGGUAGAACUACAGUAUGACAUGCGCUGGAAUCUGAGAGAUUUCGUUGGCUUUAUGCGGCCUAAAAGGUACUUUUACAUAGGAGACUUUACCAGUCAGCUCCGAGAAUUGUUUACCAACAGGCGCAAUCGGAAUCCGUUGAUCAGCAGCUCUAUCACUGCUUUAGCACAGCAGCUGUGUGGCAUCAACAUAUUAGCAUUCUACUCAGGGACAUUUUUCAAUACCGUAACAAACAAUAAGGAUGCUGCUAUGUAUUUUAGUAUUGGGUUUGGCUUCUUGAACUUUACAUUCGCGCUUCCAGCUAUCAGAAGAAUCGAUACAGUGGGAAGGCGCAGAUGGCUGCUCAUUACCUUGCCCCUCAUGUCUCUUAUGAUGGCAGCUGCGGCUUUGUCCUUUUUGGGGCUAUACAAUACUUCUCUAACACCCAGCACAGCGUCUCAGCUGACCUGCGCUCUGGUUGCCAUAUUUCUAUACUUACAUACGAUAUUUUAUUCCCCGGGACUUGGACCUAUCCCGUUUGUGCUAGCAGCCGAAAGUUUUCCAUUGUCACACCGCGAGAUAGUAAGUGAAUCCGACUAA